UCAAUCAUUUCUCGUUCAACUAACUCACCCACUAUUUCUCUCUCUCCUUUCAUUCCAUUAUCGUCAUCAUAUAUAUGCAUGCAUAUAUAUUAUCUGUCUGGCCCUGUAAAAAAAAAGGAAGAACAACAAAAAAAAAAUUUCGAAAUGUCUUAUUGUGUGGAACAACCGCAACAACCAUCACUGCAACAACAACCAGUACAAGAAGAAUCAACAUCGAAUAAUGAAGAUGAUAUUCAAGUAAAUGAUUCGAAUCUUGAUAAUGAUCAUCAUGAUCAUCCACAACAUCAUCAAUCAUAUGAAUCAUCAAUCGAUAUUUGUUCGGUU